GAUGAAAAUCACAUUGCAAGAAGAGAAUCUGCUUACAGAAGAGAGAGACCAGAUAUAGAGAGAAGACACUGUUAAAGUCUCUAAUUUCUUCUACUAUGUACAGAUUCAGCAACACGGUGAUUGGAGUCCUAAACCUCCUCAGCUUACUAGCAUCAAUACCAAUCAUAGGAACAGCUCUAUGGAAGGCAAGAAGCAGCACGACUUGCGAAAACUUCCUACAGACGCCUCUACUCGUUAUAGGAUUCAUCAUACUCUUAGUAUCGCUUGCAGGUUUCAUAGGAGCCUGCUUCAACGUGGCAUGGGCUCUUUGGGUGUACUUAGUGGUCAUGAUCUUCCUCAUCGCGACCCUCAUGGGUCUAACGCUGUUUGGCCUGGUGGUGACUAGCCAAGGAGGUGGUGUGGAAGUACCAGGGAGGGUUUAUAAAGAGUAUAGGCUUGGAGAUUACCAUCCAUGGUUGAGAGAGAGAGUUAGAGAUCCUGAGUAUUGGAACUCCAUUAGAAGCUGUAUCUUGAGUUCCAAGACUUGUGAUAAGAUUAAAUCUUGGACUACACUUGAUUAUUUCCAAAGAGACAUGACAUCCGUUGAGUCAGGAUGUUGUAAGCCACCAACGGCGUGUACGUACGAGGGAGGAGUGAUAGAAGGAGGAGGAGAUUGCUACAGAUGGAGCAACGGAGAGGAAACGUUAUGCUACGAGUGUGAUGCGUGCAAGGCUGGUGUUCUCGAGGAGAUUCGUCUUGACUGGAGAAAGUUGUCAGUCGUCAACAUUCUUGUUCUCGUCCUCCUCAUCGCCGUCUACGCCGCCGGUUGCUGCGCCUUCCACAACACUCGCCACGCCGCUCAUCCUUAUCAUGCUUCCGAUGAUAACCGCAUGACCAAAGUCCGUCCUCGUUGGGACUAUUACUGGUGGAGAUGGUGGCACGAAAAGAAAGAGCAGCUUUACUGAGUAGAGAACGAGCUACAUCGUCUCUGUUCUUUGCUUUUCAUCAUUUUCUUUCUACCAACUUGAGAUUUAAGAAAAGAAAUGUUUGAUGUACUUCUGUUUCUAUAAGUCAUCAAGAGAUUAGUGAGAUCUGUUAUAAGUUGAAUGAGUAUAUGCAUAUCUUUCGAAACUAAUCAUUAUUAUGCAACUAGCAGAAGAUAUAAUAGUUCUCGCUUUUUUUUU